AUGUUAUGGACUUUAGCUCAGAUAGAAAAUGGCGUUCCUGACUUUUCACACAUUAAUUUUGAUGAUUUCCUAAAGAAAGCAGAUGCGGUAAAUAAGGAAGAAAUGGCAGAAGUUAAAAAUGAAUUGGGUAAUAAAUUAGAUAUGGAACCAAUACACACUCACGAUAUAACACAGAUUACGGAACUUCAGAAAAUUUUAAACGGAAAGUUGGAUUCGUCAAGGCGUUACGGUUAUGAAACUUUAUUAAGUAAUCCCGAAGAUAUAAAUUAUCUCAAAAUGUUAAACACUGAUAAACUAACUGUUGACGGUAAUUAUUUAAUAGAUACUGAAAAUGGUAAUUUGGUAAUAAAAACUAACUCUACAGAUGUGAUAGCAAGAUAUAACGGGGAGAGUUGGGCGUUAAGAAUUAAAAAUAAAGAUGGAAAUUGGGAGUUAAUAGAUAUUAACGAAUUUAUUCGAAACGUUAACGAAUCGUUAAUGAAUCAUCAGGAUGUUUUAAAUAAAUUAAUUAGUUAG